CCCAACCUGAACUAAGAUCAAGUGAUCAAGUGAUCAACCAGCAACAACAACAACAACAACAACAACAACAACAACAAACACAGGUGACUGCUGACACAAGGCUUCCAGCCAGUGUACUGGUGCGUUAAUUCAGCUCGAGCAGCGUGGAAAUAAAAAAAAUUAGACUUGAUGUCGAAACUCCCGUUUCACUGCUGCAGUGUCCGGUGUAAAAUUUUAGCAAUGCAGAGAUUACAGACUGCAGUUUUGUCAUCAUUCCACACAAAAUGCAUCUUCUUUACACACAGCAUGAAAUCAAUGUGUUUUCCCGCCCUCUUUUGAUAGACAGGAUAUAAUUGCUCCUGAUCACUGGAUGUUUUUAAACUAUCCCCGAUGGCCGAUAGCAUGAAAAAUUGCCUUUAUGGGCCUAUACAUAUCAUUGGCUGAUACAUCGGUGCAUCUCUAUUAGUUAGUAUUUACUGAAAACUGUAUUGAGAAUACAUAAUGAAUAGAUAACUGUGUUCAUAAAAAGACAUAUUGUCAAAAUUCAUUCAUAAAUGUAUGGCCUGAUAUGAAAGAACGAAAAAAGCUGUAGUUUGAUACUUGCUUUUAAACAUACAAUACAUAACAAACAUAAAAUAUAUGAAAUAAUUGUUAUUUUAAAUUGUCUAUUUUAUUUACAGAGGUUUAAUCAAAAAUGACAUCAAACGCUGAAACAAACCUCUGUUUUGUCUCCUGGAACACAAAUGGUAUUAAAAAAAAGAUUGUAAAAAUAUUGGACGUUCUCUGUAACCUUCAAGCUGAUAUUGUUUUUCUACAAGAAACACAUGUUGGGCCAACAACAAAAUGUCGCCAAGCCAUUAAUAUGGUUAAAAACUGGGACGUCUACAAUACUGAAUACAGUUCUCAAAGCAAAGGAGUUGCAAUACUGAUAAGAGACUCUGUACAGUUUGAAUACAUAUGCCAUGAUGUGGAUAGCAGUGGAGGCUACCUUGUGCUCUUCUGUCAUCUGUAUGGUGAACUGUACACUCUUGUUAACGUGUACAAGCAUAAGAAAGACAAAGUUGUCUUGAAUAGUCUGAAGGACUAUUUGAUGGAGAGAGCUGAGGGGGUGCUAGUGGUUGGAGGUGAUUUCAAUUCACUUUUAGAUCCCAGAGUAGAUCGCAAUCCUCCAAAGUCAAGAGAAUCACCAUCAAAAGUUUUAGAAGACUUUAUUGCAUCACUGAACCUCAGAGACACCUGGUCAAACAUACAUACUGAUAAUGAUGCAGAGCGAUUUACAUUCAAAUAUCCUUGUGGUUAUUCCAGAAUAGACAUGUUUUUCCUGCAAAAUGCCACAAUAAAUCAAGUACUUAGCAUUACAGUUGAAAAAGGUUUUGAGGGACAAAAAAUGGAUCAUUUCCCUCUUGUCUUAAAACUCCCCACAAGGUUAAGGACAUAUGAAUACAAUCCUGACAGGUGCCAAGGAAAGAUUAGUCUUAAAGAAAUACUGAGUGCUAUAAAGUAUUUAACUGACAAAGAAGAACCCAGACCAAAUAUGAAUGAUGAGAAGGUCUACAAAAAAAAAUGCUGUACAUUGAAGAUUAAGUACAAUAAAAUAUUAAAUACACUGAAGGUACCUAAAAAUUAUAAACCUUCAGGAGACAACAACAUGGAAUAUUUGAUAUUUUCAGAAAUUUUGGCCAAGCGCCUCUUGCCAUUCAGUUCAUGUGAAACUGAUAACUGUGCCACUGUGAACAUUGAGAGCCCACAGGAAAUCAGGUGGUCUUACCUGAAGACAAUAUUUGAUAAGCUAGAUUAUUGUUAUUAUAAAGAGAAAGACCCAAAACAGGCCCCGUUUGCCCCCCCACCAGACCUCCGCAUUCUGGAUCGUCUUCUUCCUAAAGUCCAAAGCUCUACUGAGGAUCUCAGAGUUUUACAGCCUGACUGUCCACUAGCCAAUGCUAUCCUCAAUCUGGCAAAUAAACAGCUGGUUGAUAUGCUUCAGUUGUUCCAGAAUGAUUCAGGACUGAAGUUAAAUACUGUACUUCAUGGACUCAAACAAACACACACACACACAAAUAAGUCACUUUGAGCCUAAAUAAUUGAAGAACUUUUAAAGGGCCUUUAACAGCAAUUAGAACAUUAAGCACAGGACAGGUUGAGAAGUUUUAUUCCCCCUCUACAGCAGCUACAUCACAAAUUGUGCUACAACCUCUCUAUAAACAUCAGAGGUACACAUCUAUUUUUAUGUCUAGAUGAAAAGAAAAAAAAAAACUUAUGCUGGCUUUUAUCUCUUAUGUAUUUCUUUAUUAUAUUUAAUUAUGAUUGCUAUUAUGAUUUUGUUGAUAGUAGCACAGUGGGUCAUCACUGUCCAUCACUAGUCCGAAUUAAAAUAGAUUCAGAAAAUAUCAGGGGUUUCAGGCACUAUCUACAGUUACUUUGAUUCGCUUAGAUUGGUUUAGCUUUGCUUCACGAGCUGGGAAUAUUGUAUUAAUCUCUAAGUUGUUAGGGUGUAUUUGUACACGUAAAAUGAAACUUUUAUUUAAAAUGUUUAAAAUUUAAAUAAGAUAUAAGUGUUGUAAUUAAUUUUGUUGUUGAGUUUUGUAAAUUAUUACAGCAAUGGUGCAGUGCUUUGUGCAAUCAUUAUAUAUACAUUAACAGUUUUUUUCUUUUUUUUCUUUUUUUUUUUGGCCUUUGUCAAGAAUAAUGCUACAUUCAUGUUUACUGUGUUUAUGAGAUACUUGUAUUUGAAAAAAAAAAAAAGGCAUCCUUAAUAUGUCAUAUUUCUUUCUUGGAGAUGUUUGGCUAUCCUAAUAGACAUUAUGGAAGUUUGUACAGAUGUGCAUCAUGUUUGCUUGGUUGUGUAUUAAUCUGUUACUUCCAUCCCCGCUUUAAUUGAAGACAAUCUGCUGCAAGGCAUUCACCACUAAGUAUUAUUUUAGAAGGUUUUACGGCAUCUCUGAAUCUUAGAGACACCAUGCCUUCACUUUACUGAUGAGGGCUUUACACAGUUUCACAACCAGUCAUUCCUGGAUAAACUUUAGACACAAUGGGAAAAUACAAACUACAGAGCCAUAGAGUUAAACUACAGAAAGUUUUUGAUAAAUGUCCUCUUGUACUAAAAGAGUAAAUACAUUUAAAACAGAACAAAACAAAAAACUCUGGAGAGAGAUACAGACACAGAGUGAAAUAAAAAUGUCCACUGAUGAUAUCAUUAAAUCUACUGUACAAAUACUGUACUCCCUGACAAAUAAACAAAACUGAAAUACUUUCACAUCUAUAAGCAAAAUUAAGUUACACAGUUCGGUAAUGUGAGAGUUAACACUGUAAUGCAUAAUAAAGUACGAAACAGUGCUAGGUUGCAUUUAGGAAACCAUUUCUGACAAUAAGUACCAACCCCCUGCCUAGCCUAGCAAAAUUACAAACAACUACCAUAUCUGCAUUGUAUGGUGCAUUGAAUGACCAACUAAUCAGUUAGUACAUUACAAGGUUGAACUUACAGUUAAUAGUGAUAUGCAAAACCUUGCCAUCGUUCAGUUAAUAUGGACAUAAGACAGUGGUUUGGAACAGCACCAACAUCGGCAAUAAAUGAUUGCAGUGACAACCAAGUUUAAGCAAAUGAAUGAUUUGGCUAAUAAUAGUUCCUUUAUUAGUGCAUCUAAUCCUGACACACAGACAAGCUGCAGCGAUGGAGGUAAUGUUAGCAUUCCUGAGAACACUGAUGCUGCCGGGCUAAGCAGCCGAUGGAGACUGACAUGUGCCCCGAUGAUUUGAGAGUGGAUGGGCGUAUGCAAGUCAGACUUGAGAAGUACCCUUCAUGUCUCUUUGAUAUUAAAAAGAGUUUAUUCAUGCCAUCAUGGUAUUACAAGUGAGGGUGGCUUGAAUAUUAAUAAUACCCGUGCAGAAAAGUUCAGUCUUCUCAGACCAAGUCAGUGUGGCUGGCCAAUAGGGGGAGCUGGGGCACCGUUCUUUCAAGUUAUCCAGAGAAACAUGUUAAACAUAAGGUAAAUAUUGUUUAAAAUAUAUUGCAAAAUAAUUAUGAAAUAAAAUUAUUUAGUCAUACUAUUGACCUUUUAGUCAUGUUAGCAUUUAUUAAAGAAUUAAAAAAUCCAAAUUGUAUUUCAUUCAUAUCUGUCUGCAGUGUGCUGGCCAAGAAUGCGUAUGUAGGUCAUUAAACUAAUGAAGAGCAGGUGACUUGAGGCUGUUCUGUAAUUGACUUGCUUCAUAUUGUCCUCUGGGAACAGCUCCUUGCGCCCCAGACACUCACACUUUUGUUGUUAACGAGUCAAUGUAUUUUUUCACCUCAUGUGAUUGGACCAACGACUCUCUCUCCCACUCAGCAGCUUGUCAGCUGACCGGUACUGCAAGAGAUUGUUAACAAAGUAGAAGUAGGCACAACAUUUCUUCCAGAUGAAAUAAAAUUCGGUUUUAUUUUUUUUUUUACAAAAAACCCUUUCACAAGGCUUUCAAAUGAAGAAAAAAAAAAUAUAAAGGAGCUGGGACCAGAUUGACCCAACUUACAAAUUCAGCAGCAGUGAUCGUGGACGAGCUUAAACCAACGUUUCUCCAACACUUGUUAUGGCAAACAGAGUUGCUACUGGCCAUUGUUUAGGCAACAUUACAGUGUAUUUUUUUUUAAAGUGAUUACAGUUUUUUGAGUGAUUAUCUUGAUUACUUUAUUGCUGAUGAUAAACCCACAUUAAACUCAAAGUCACUGAUUCGUGCUACCUUAUUGCAUAGUUUAACAGUUAAAUUUUCCGUUUUUAGUUAAGCAGUGGUGAUACAUUGUUAUAUCACCUGUUAUUUAACAAUUACAUUCAGUCCUGCAUUACUAAAGGUGUGAUUUUCAGUUUGUUUGUAUCCUCCCCAAAAUUUUUAGCACCAGCCAUCACUGGUCCAAAUGUGAUCCAGCUUUCACUAGCAAAGGCUUCAUUGACUGGAAACACAGCAGUGAAGUCUAAUAAGGGACUUAACAGACAUGGGACUUCCAAGGAACAUUUGGCCUGUUUCAGUGAGUGGAAAGAAAGAGAGCAGCGUAUAGAGAAAUGGAAACAAAUCCCAAUGCUAGUUAGUGCAGAUCAGCUAAAGAAAAAAAAAAAAACAGUACUACCUUUCUAGCAUUAUUGAUGUCAUUGAGUUUGUAAUUCCUAACCUGUUGCCUUCAUGGGGUAAAUUAGAUGUAUUUGGUGAUAUCUCAGAAGGAGGAAGUGGGCUUUUUCUAUCUUUAUUUUACUUAAGGAUAGAAAAAAGCAUAAGGAGAGAACCCCAGUUGGCCCAAAUUAUGAAGUCGAAUCCCCAACACGCUACUUACACAAGUCAUGGGAUGCAAAAUAGAUCUUAUUUGCAUUAUGAGCAAUUUUGUGACUGAAUCAAUUGUGAAAGAAAUUGGAGACUCUUGGUUCACAAUAAUAAUAAUAAAAAAAGAUGUAACAAGGUAUCCUGCUGGAAAAAAAUGUCUCCAUAGUUAUUCUUUUUUUCAACGAAGAAACAAUAGAAAUAACAGAAUUUCUGCUUGUGAUGGCCAUCGCAGACAUGCAACGCUUUCUACAACUUUUUCUGUAAACCCACCAGUGCCACACCUUACAGAGGUGAAAAACUGAAAUGUUUGCUGGACCAGUGGGCUGCCUGUAGUGGCUCCAUACUGUGGGUAUAUUGUGGGCCCAUAAUAGGCACCAGUGGGGCCCAUCAUAUGCCUACACUUUGGGCUGGUUGUGGGAUGCCCCACUGCAGCCCCACCUGGGCCUCAUAGGGUGUGGCCUGCACAUGCCCCACAUGGCCCCCAUAGCCUGUGUGGGGCCAUUGCGGGCAUACUAUAUACCUGCACACUCUAGGCAUACUGUAGGCACACCGUGGGAGCACUGGGCAUACUAUGGCCAUACUGUGGGCAUGUUCUGUGGGUCCUUAAUAAAUAACAAAAUUAGUUUGGUCCUACUUUGCACCUGCAGUAUACCACAACAUUACUAUUAAUGCAUAUGCAAAAAAAAAAAUGCACUUGUAGACUAACUAAAACUAUGUUUUAAGAAAAAAGGAAGAAAACAAAAAAAAUUGUACAAAACAGAGCAUGUGGAUACUGAAUGCUUUUUAGUAAACAGAAUCACAUAUGAAGCACAUUUUAAAACAUAAAAAAGAACAAACAUAGAACCACAUUAGAACACAAUAAGUAUGAAUCAAUCCCCUCAGGGGCACCAGUGGAUAUGUGCUAUCUAAAAGAGAAAGAAAGAGACAGAAAGUGAGAGAGACAGAAGAGAGACAGACACAGAGAGACAAAUAGACAGACAUAGAGAGAAAGAGACAGACAGACAUACAGACAGACAGAGGAGGAGACAAACAGAGAGAGACCUAGACACAGCAUUCACAAUAGUACAACAUCGAUGCAACAAUAAUAAUAACAAUAGUAAUAAUAAUACAAUAAUAUAAUUUUGAGUGCAGGACUUCAACAUGCUACUUGUUUAUACAAUAUUGUAUUAUUACGUUUACUUAAGUAAAGAAUGAGUACUUCUUCCACCGGUCUUAGUUCUAAAUAAUCAAUGUAAAAACAAAGAAAUUCACUGCGGAUUAUCUGAUUAUACGUACAUACUCUGCUUUUUGCUGCUGGCUCUAGCACUUUGACACAAUAUACCUAAUUAAUGGUCCUUAAUGCCCUUAAGUUUGAGCACUUUUUGGAUUUGGACUAAACUUUUACAUUUUUCCCUUUUUACAAUUUUUUUUUUUACAAUUUUUUUUUUUUUAUUAUUAUUAUUUUACACUUUUCCAUUAAGAACAAUUGGGAAAUGUCUGGAAAGUUUGGGGACUUAAGCUCCUGAUGUAUUGUCAAAAGCCACUGAUCUUCUUGAAGAUUGAACAUGUUUAACUUCACAAAUAAAACAAGUUUUAUGCCUUUUAUUUGUUCUCCCAGUAAUAGAAAUCCAUUUGUCCAUGAUGAAAAGCAGCCGGCACUGGCCGUGGUAGAUUACCACUUACAUUACACGUUC